AUGAGAUUUGCCAAUGGGAUCCGAGUCAAGCGCGGGGUCCAGACUCUGAAGUCGUCGAGCGCCAAGAGGAAUGACCUCUACGCGAAGCACAAAAUCAUCUGUCUUGAGAUGGAAGCCGCGGGCGUGAUGAGCGACUACCAGGGGCUGGUGAUCCGGGGAGUCUGCGACUAUGCCGACUCGCACAAGAAUAAGAAGUGGCAGGGCUAUGCGGCAGCAACGGCGGCGGCAUACGCGAAGGAGCUUCUGUUGCUGCUGCCGUCUGGUGGAGGGUCGUCGACCGAUUCAUCUUCUCCCGAUGAGAGGAGUGCGACUCGGGAAAAUGGGUGGUAUGUCGGACGGGAUCAGUUUCACAACUCGGGAGCCGGGUUUAUGAACUUCAACAUGGGUGCAGGAGUUCAAACAAACAAAAACACCGCUGGAAACCAAUACAAUGCGCCACUUUACGGGCAUCCGUCAGCCGUACCGCAGUGGCCCAAGUACUAG